UAGCAGAACUGAUUCGUUCAUCAUGUUGCUCUCUGUGCUGCUGGUGAUGAUGGUGAUCAGCUGGACAGAAGCUGUUUAUACUGGUACUGUGAUUACACACACCACUAAAAAUGUACAAGGAAACAGUUUUACACUUGUGCGUCGCUAUAAGUUUGGCCACAGCUCAUGUGGAGAGACUGAGUCAUUUAUUUCUUGUUCUGGCUGUACUCAGAAGAUUGAUGAAAGCAGCGGUGAAUGGUGUCUGAGAGAGUAUCCCACAUGGGGCAGUAGGAGUUUCAUCGGUUAUUACUAUGGGUUGAAUCCUGGAACCUGGAUAAACAACAAAAACGGCAUUUCAACUGGCCUCGCUAAGGUGUUUGUUGAAGGGAGAAAACGAUCUGACAUUAACAGACCAAACUCAUCACCAAAGACCGGCAUCCUUCCUGUUAUGAGAGUUCCCUCAAACUGUCAGAGGAAUAUCCGCUUGUUGACCUUUGACCCUGAUGGAGACCAUGUUCAAUGCAGAAAUGGAUCAGGUUCCAAUGAGUGCUACACCUGCACACCUCCGUCUGUCCUCAGUCUCUCAUCGUCUUGUUCCCUUUCAUUCAGUCCAACCAGCAGCAAAGUUGAAGGUUCAUAUGCAGUUCAGCUGAUGAUGGAGGAUUUUCCCAGUCAGACCAUCGCUCUGACUGAUAACACUGGUUCAACAGCGUCGAUAAGCUCCAAGAUUUCUAUGAGCAGAAUCCCUGUCCAGUUUGUUUUCAAAGUGGAUCCUGCAGCUCCGUCCUGCACAGCAGGUGAAUAUCUGCCCAGGUUUCUGCCUCCAACUCCUGAACAUGGAGCUCAGUUCUUCAUAAACGUUACUGAGACGAUAGAAAUCAACAUCACAGCAGAGGCGACUCAGUCUGUGAUCACUGAGCUCCUGUUCAGCGGACCGUUCAACAUGACCAAGAGUUCGUCUGGUUCAGGAUAUUUCACCCUGACAUGGACGCCGUCUGACAGUCAAAAUGAUGAUAAUGAAAGCCAUCCCAUCUGUUUUGCUGUCCAGGCAAAUGCCUCCAGUUCUAUCUACCAGUCUGAGCUUCGAUGUGUCAUUGUGAGGGUUGGAAACAUACCUUUCAUAGCGAUUCCAAGUCCUCCUACAACAUCUCGUCUUACGGUUCUGAAGCUGAAGAUCUUGACUACGCUGUCACUGAAAGACAAUAAAGAUAAAAUUGAGAAAGCGAUUAAAGAUGAACUGAUCAGACGAGGGCUGCCUGCAGACAUAAAGGUCCGCCUGCUGAGCGACGGUUCAGUGAAGGUUAAUAACUAACCGCCCCCUAGUGGCUAACAAUGAGAAUGAAUCUGAUCCAUGCAGUAAAAUAUUUAUCUGGGUUUAUCUGUUUUUACUUCCUGUACCUUCUAUGUAGGGCUUAUGGUUGCUUUAGGUAGUCGGACUAAACUUAGUUAUGAAAUUAAGCAAAAAUAGAGAGAAUUUCUAUUUCUGUGUGAAUUAAAAAAAAAAUCAUGAUACUUUCAUAAAGAAGUUAAUGAAACAGCUUCCCCCUAGUGGCUAAAUAUGAGAAUGAAUCUGUUUCAUUAAGAGAAAUGUAUCUGUUUUAAUUUUAGGGACUUGUGUUUGUUUUAGGUAGUGGACUAAACGUAGUUAAGAAAAUAAUUUUUUUUCUGUGUGACAAUCUUUACAAAAUGCAGAUAAUUCCUCUUCCAUGUGUAACAUUUAUGGCUGUGGGUCUUUUAUUGACCUUAAUAUCAUAUCAUAUGUUCUGUGGUGGUAUUUCUGUGGAGCUCAUGAUUUUUGUGUGAUCAUUUUGUUUGCAUAUUUUGUAUGUGGAGAUUUUAUAAAUGCAUAUUGGCUGGAAAACAGUGGAGUAUAAAAUAAAAUCAAUAUUGAGAGUCUUCAAAAAAAGCGUUUUAAAUGAAUAAAUAAU